GUUAACGCGAUGUCUUCAGGUCCGGGUAUGUCUAGCACAAAAAAAGCUCAAAUGAGAAAACAAGGCAAUCCAUCUUUGAUGAAGUCUGGCUCAAUUCCCAAGCGCAACUCUGUAUCGGAUAUACCAAUCCCAUCUUCUGGUGGAGUUGGCAAUUCUACUGUACUUCCUUCUCCAAGCUUGAAAAGAAGUGCAUUCUUGUCUUCUAAUGCCACGAAACAAGCAAAACAAAAGACAACAUCCACGGUGUUCGUUAAAGGGGUGUCUUUAUCUAGAACACAGACAUUACUUGGUGGUUCUUCAAGUAUGCUAGCUGGUAUCUCAUCUUCCAUGGACGGGAGCAACUCAAGAAGUCCUUCUCCUUCUUCACCGAUUACACCUACACCAAAUAUGGCUCAAGACAAUACAACAACACCCUCCUCCGAAUUUGUCGAAGAAGAGAACAUUGAGCAAACUCCUGAUGCUGGGAUGAAUGAUAAACAAAGAAAGCGAGGAAGAGGAGUGACACGUGGACUUGCCCUACAUAAACAAAAUGAAAGGAAUGGAAAGAAGUUAGAAGUGGAGAUAGAUCCAAUGCUUGGACGUUCACUAACUAGGAGGGGUAGUUUGGCUGUAUCUUCUGAAUUGGGGCAGCUAGCCCCUGAUUAUGUAUGGCCAAUUUCAAAAAAAGGUCAAAGGAGGCGUAUUCUUGACGAAGUUAUUCUGAGGCUGGAGGUGAAGUUGAAUAUUGUCAAUGUGGGAGACAUUGUGGUGAGAGGUCAUAUUUGGAGGCAAUUCAUGAGGAUUGUGAAGGGUAGAAGAAGCUAUUACCGGAAGGUAUACCGUCGCUAUAAUGAAACAGCAAAGGAGCAUAAACCACGUUGUCUAGAUCAACAGAUAUGGUAAUGACUUAUGUGACUAUUGGCACUCCAAAAGUACAGGCACUAUGUGAUAAGAACACGGAAAAUAGGAAUAUGGUCCAGCAUGUCAAUUGCCAAGGAC